AUGAAGGGGGUGGCGGAGGUGGGGAUCGAGAUGGGGGAGGCGGGGGCGGCGAAGGUGGCGGCGGCGGCCGAGUCGGGGACGAUGAGCGGGCCCCUGGUGGCGGCGGCGGCGGAGCGCGGCGCGGCGGAGCGGAGGAGGUGGGACGCGGCGGCGGCGGCGGCGCGGGUGGCGGCGGCGGCGUCGUCGCUCCUGGCGCUGGGGAUCAUGGUGUCGGCGGAGCAGCGCGGGAGCCUCUCCGUGUUCGGGCUCCAGCUCCCGCUCUACUCCAAGUGGUCCUUCUCCGACUCCCUCGAGUAUCUGGUGGGGAUAUCGGCGGCCGUAGCAGCGCAUUCGCUGCUGCAGCUGCUACUGAGCAUGAGGAAGCUGGUGAAGAGGGUCCCCGUCAUCCCGUCUCGGAGUCAUGCGUGGGUGUUAUUCGCUGGUGAUCAGGUCUUUGCAUAUGCGAUGAUGAGCGCGGGCUCUGCUGCUGCAGGAGUUACGAAUUUGAACCGCGCCGGAAUUCGACACACGGCACUUCCGAACUUCUGCAAACCCCUGCACCAAUUCUGCAACCGCAUGGUGAUCUCCAUCACCUUUGCUUUUCUGAGCUGCCUCUUUCUCGCUAUCUCUGCUGUUCUCGAUGUGAUUUGGUUGUCGAAGUUUUGAGUGCCCAAUAUAAUGCUAUCUGUAGAGAUUUGAGAGAACGAAAUAGUUUAUGUGCUUCUGGACCUUCUGUGUACAAAGUGGAUGAUCUAAAUGCCCUGAAAUUUGAUCUCUUUGUUAUGUGAAAAAAUUGUGACAUUUUCAUUGGCUCUGUUAGCAACUAAACUGUCAUUGGCUCUGGUAGCAAC